UCCAGAGGAGGUAGCAAGGGGAGCAGGGCACCAGUGUGGGAACUGCUGCCUGCGCCCAGGGCAGUGUCGCCCAGCCCCAAGCAGAGAUGGAGCGGCUGCGGAUGGACUCCUGGAGGGACAUAUUUAAUGGUGUGAUAGAGGAAGUGAAGCCAGAGCACAAGUGGGUCCUGAAGAUGGACCAGAAGCUCACUCCCAAUGCCCUGCCUCAGGGCUGGAAGCAAGUGGUGGAGGAGCAUGCGUUUGCCAGCUUCCAGUGCACCCAGUGCCAGCACUCGUGGGGCUCGGCCCAGGCGGUCAUCCUCUUCCACAUGUACCUGGACAGGGCCAGGGGAUGUGGCUGGGUGAAGAUGAGGACCUUCAUGCAGCAGUGCCACAAGUGCUUGGCGUGUGCCUGGGCAGAGCCGAUCUUCAGUGAGACGAGUGCCAGGUUGGUCUUGCUGGACUUGGUCACCAGCAUCCAGCAGAAAUGCUACGGAGAGCAUGUUGCUUGGCCCCAGCUUCACAAGGUUGUGAUCGGUGGGCAUGGCGGGCCCCACAAGAGUGAAUAUUGUGAGGCCUGUCGCCUGGGCGUGCAUCAGGUAUACAAAGACCAGGACCGUCACGGGAAAUCCAGCUACAAGGGGUCAUAUGAGGCGUGCAGAGAUUCAGCCUUGCCCUGGGGAAGCAGCGUGCUGGCAGCACCUAUGCAGUCAUCAGCUGGAGCCCUCUACAAGGACCUGGAUGGGUUUAACCCCAGUUCAGGAAACACCAUUCCCUGUUGUCUCUCUGCCAUUAUUAUUUUGUUUUUCAUUUUUAUUAUGUAUCACAUCCCAGAAAAGCUGGCUUGGGCACUUGGCUUGUGAAUUGCUUUUAAGAUUUUCAUCAACUUUGCUGGCUUGUUCUGCAUUAAUAGCACAGUGUCCUUGAUUGUGCCCGGGCGCUGGGAAGAAGGUGGCCAGCGUGGGAGGCUGCUAGGACCCCCUGCCCAAAGCUUUGGGAAUCUCCCACAAACCAGAGCCUCAGUGCUCACUUGUUGCCUUUCUGCUGUUUCCUCCGUGGUUCAUACACUCAGUCUGGGUAGUCGAGGAACAGAGACACAGACGAGUGAUCUGGGUGACCUGCUGUGCACUGUGAAUAGCAAGGGCUGAAGUGAACAACUCCUGGUAACUCUUGACUCUGAAGUUGUUGAGGCUCUUUGGCAAACUGGUCCAGCAAGGAUCAGCCUUGCAGAGUCGCUGAGGCAGCCGCAUCUGUCACCUUCCGACUUCGCAAAUGAUUUGUUGCUAAAAAUGGACAUGGUAGAAAAGAGAGAGGGUUUCAUGACUGAAUUAACUGAAGAAAGAUGGGCUGAAGGAAACAAGUUAGCCAAAUCCAGCAUCCUCCAUGUAGCUUGUGCAGAGUCAGCCUGUGGCUCACACAACCCAGGUGCUCUCCUGACUGCUGUGUCAGGGUCAUUUGCGCUACUCACUUGGGGUUUGCUUUUUUCCCCCUUUUGCUGGAGUCAGAAUCGCCUGUAUUUUCAUGUGUAAAAACCUGCAAGCCACUGGCAAAAAAAAAAAACCAGGAAAAGCCUGUAUGGUGCAGGGGCUGUGUCGAUUUUGCUUCCUAAGCACCCGGUCCCACUAACUCCAACAACUCUCCUCCUCCCCCAGCACCUUCUCUCCUCCACGGCCUCCCUCAGCCCCAGGUGUGGAGCCAGCAGAUGGAGCUGUGAGAUCUCUGGAGCCCAGCUCCAGUGCUACACUGGUACCAGUGACCUGCCAGCACUGAGACUGGCCAGCCCUCCCCAUGUGGGGGGUGUCCUGUCUCCAUCCCUGCAACCACCUGGCUCCCUGUAGCAUUGCCCCCCCGCCCAUAUCCUUUGUGGAGAUUUUUCCCAAGGGGACAGAAAGUGCCAAACUUUCCAGACUCAGGGACGUUGUGACUGCUGCAGUGACAACCCCAAAAUAUUUAUUACUUGAGCAACCCCCAGCCUUAAGGAACAAGGUGCAGGCUCAAUGAACAGUUUAAAGGCAUCGAGAUCUCCACAGGAAUGACUGAAGAAAGUCUGGAGAUCCUGUGCUUCGGCUUGUGCCUGGGCAGGAUAUGUCCCCUGCCCUCUGCGAGGCAUCUCCCGGACACCUCUUGUAGCCCGAGGAUGA